AUGGAAGCUGCAUUUCUGGAGAUGUCCCCAUUCACAACAAUGGAGAAACCUCCUGAAAUGCCGCUUCUGAGACUGCUUCAAAAAUGCAUCGACGAUGCCUUUGAAGUCUGCAGCAGCCCCAGGAUAGACCAUUAUAAAGAAGGUAAGAAUAUUACUGGAAGUUUUGCCAAUGCGAUCCAUGGUCUGAACGCAAGUCACAUGACCAAAGUGGUUAUGCAGAGGAGCAAACGAAUGAUUCUGGAUACCUUAGGAGUUGGCCUGCUAGGCACCAAGACAGAUGUCUUUCAAAAAAUGACACAGUACAGUAAGAUCUACAGUUCAGAUGCAUCCAGCUCUGUUUGGGCUCAUCCAGAUGUCAGGCUACCUCCCUUGUAUGCAGCUUUUGUGAAUGGUGUGGCGGUUCACUCCAUGGAUUUUGACGACACCUGGCAUCCAACCACACACCCAUCUGGGGCAGUGUUGCCUGCUCUCCUUGCUAUUUCGGAAGCCUUGCCUGAGAAGCAAAAGGUUUCUGGCCUUGAUCUGCUUUUGGCUUUUAAUGUAGGAAUUGAAGUACAAGGUAGACUGAUGCACUUUUCCAAUGAGGCCAGCUAUCUUCCUAGAAGGUUCCACCCUCCAUCCAUCCUCGGCACCCUGGGAAGUGCUGCAGCAGCUGCCAAACUCCUGGGUCUCAAUCAAUAUCAAUGCAAGGAAGCAUUGGCUAUUGCUGCAUCCUAUGCUGGUGCACCACUGGCUAAUGCAGCCACACAAACGAAGCCUCUUCACAUGGGCAAUGCAAGUAGGCAUGGCCUGGAAGCUGCCUUCCUGGCCUCUUUGGGCCUUCAAGCAAACAAGCUGAUCCUGGACCUCGAGUCGGGCUUUGGGGCCUUUUACACUGACUACUCCCCCCAGAGUCUGCCAAGUCUGCAAUCCUAUUCAUGGCUUCUGGACCAACAAGACGUAGCUAUCAAGCGCUUUCCAGCACACCUGGGAACACACUGGAUGGCAGAGGCAGCCCUGGCAGUAAGGAAGCACCUUGCAAAGAGUGGGGAGUCCCUCCCCAGUGGCAGAAUCAAGACCAUUGUGCUUAGUGUCCCAGAUAUUAGAUAUGUGAACAGGCAAUUUCCUACCUCAGAACAUGAAGCCAGGCAUUCUUUCCAGUUUGCCGCAUGUACUGCCCUGCUAGAUGGUUACAUCUCUAUGGAGUCAUUCAAAGAGAAGAACAUCUCCAGGCCAGAGUUAAAUGAACUGCUCAGAAAGACACACAUGGAGCAUUCUCCUGACAACAAGCCCAGUUUCAAUACCCUUUACUGUGACAUGAACAUCACCCUCCAUGAUGGGGAAGUAUUGUCCGAACGUUGCGACACAUUCUAUGGACACUGGAGGAAGCCAUUAAGCCAGGGAGAUCUGGUGAAAAAAUUCCAGUCUAAUGCUUCCACUGCUCUUUCAACAGAAGCCACUGAAAGCAUUGUGGAAAUAGUCGAUAAUUUAGAAAAACUAGAAGACAGCAGCAUAUUGACCUCCCUUCUUCAAGGGGCCAGGUCAGCAAAGGAUCAAUUACAGGGCAGACAAGGACUGUUUUGAGGGGAGAACACACACACAAUGAAACUUGCAUUGUUUCAGUAACAUCUUAAAUAUUUGUCAGGGCCCAGGGUUUUUAUAUUAGCAUUAUUUCUCAAAAUUCUCCUUCAGUGGACAAGCGGCAGUUCUGCAAAUGUCUAUUUGAUACAUAAUGCAUGUGUACAUCUACAAAAUGCAGUAGGCAGGAUACAAAAUGUCAGACAAGUGCGUCUUCAUUCCCAGUGAAACUCUGGACUGUUUUCCAAACAGCAGCCCCCAAUGCCAUAGAGAAAGAUACGUUUGCAUGUGAGGGGAUUUUCAAAAGCAGAUUGUGAUAUGGUAGGGAAAUCUCCCAUUCAAAGUCAAAAACUCACUUCGUAAGCCCAAGCUCUUGGGUACCCCUAAAGUAGCUCUUUGGAUCCUGGCCAACACAUGUGUGAGUUUGUAAACCUGCAUAUUAUACAGGUACACAUGUGAAGGACCUAUGCUGCGGUAUAGCCACUCACUGUUUUUGAGUAGCCUCCUCAAGUAUUCCGAGUUUUGAGCUUAGACCAAAAACUCUAGCCCAAUCUUUGGGCUCACUUGUAGUCUUGGGGAUCACUCUUUUCUCCAGACAGUGGAUUUGGGCUAAAAGUGGUGAAAUUCACAAUAAAAAUGGCACCACCUAGCAGUAAGGGUUUAAUGGCUAUCGAGCACAUGCAUAAAUCAGGCAUAACAUUGCUUGCAAUAUGUAUGGCAUUCAAAGUUGGAUUUAACAUGGUUAAUUUUAUAUUCCUUAGAAUUUUUUUUUAAAGAGUUGUGUGCUCUUUUUUCUUGUUUAGAAAGAAAUAAAGUGUGCCUAAGUCUUUGCUGGA